UCCCCAACUCGCCGGUUCUGCUUUCGUUCCCACGGAGAAGCGAACCGCCGCCGCCUCACCGUCAGCCAUCCCCAGCGCCGCUCCAAAUCAAGAUCUCCUGUCGUCCCUCUCCACUCUUCCACGCCAUGGAGGAGGACAAGGAGGAGAGCUCCAAGAAGCAGUUGAGGCAGGAUAACCCUCCGGCGACGGCGGCCAGCCUUUUCACCGACGACCUCAUCUUGGAGAUCCUCUCGCGCCUCCCAGCGAGGUCCGUUCGCCGUUUCAAGUGCGUCUCCAUGCCCUGGCGCGACCUCAUCGCCGACCCCGUCAACCGCAAAAAGUUGCCUCAGACCCUUGCUGGUUUCCUCUACACAACCUACAGAUCUCUGGGGGCCGUCUGGAGCCACCACUUUGCCAGCGUCUCAGGCGGCGCAGCCCCGGUCGACCCUUCCCUCAAUUUCCUGCAACCUAAGUACAAGUAUAUCGCCUACGUGGACACCUGCAAUGGCCUCCUUCUCUGCGCCUGCUCCAACAAGGAGAAUCCUGCCGCCUAUGGGGAGCAAGUCCGUUAUGUUGUGUGCAAUCCCGCCACAGAGAGGUGGAUCGAACUGCCCCCUCAACCUCAGGCUCAGGCAAACAGAUUUCACUGUGCCUCUCGCCUGGCUUUUGAUCCAAAUGUAUCGUCCCAUUUCCACGUUCUUGAAUUUGUCGAGACCUAUAUGGAUGUGGGAAGUUGUGUCACAGGAGUGGACAUCUUCUCGUCCCAAACUGGAGCCUGGAUUCGUAGAGAUAGUGAGCUGGUUGAGCAAAUUACAGUGUUCGAUGAGUUUAGGAGUGUCCGUUUUGGUGGCAUGCUGCACCUCGUUGGCAAGCUGAACCCCGUAAAUAUCUACAAUGAACCUGCGCUGCUGGUGGUGGACAUGGAGGGGAAGGAGUGGAAGACUAUCCUUCUACCCGAUGGCUCUAGUUCUUAUGAUGCUAUUGGUUUGUCACAGGGGUGCUUGCACUAUGCUAGUACAACCCAAGCUCAUGUCAGUAACAACAGUAAGAAGAACGCUGGCAUAGCUACCAAGAUAACACUCUGGCGCCUUGAGAAUUAUGAUAGUAAGGAGUGGGUCUUGAAGUGUAGUGCUAGCAUUGAUGAGCCCUCGAACAUGCCUGGACUGAAGUGGAGGGUGUUCGCUAUUCAUCCAGAUUGUGAUACUGUUUUUCUGGAUGGAGGUGAUGUGUUGGCUGCAUAUGAUAUGCAGCAUCAGAAAUUUGUCCGUAUCAUUAAUUUUGAGAAAGGCAGUUAUCAGGUAUAUCUACCUUAUGUUCCUCUGUUCUCAGAGGUAUUGGCAGAUGCAGAUGAGCAGUAGUGUUACCUUCGAACCACCCCUAUGCUUUCUCUGAAAACUGAUUAGUCUGUAGGCUGAAUCAUUUGUCGGUGCACUUGGGAAUCUACUGGAAUUAUGUUGUUCAAUUUGCUGGUGCUGACAAAACUGCUAGCUUUAUUUUCAGUUGGGAGACAUGCCGGGUCACUCAACAGAUUAAGAAAGCAUAUUUUUAUUUUCAAAGGAUAUGGUUACUACUGUUUUUGUUUGUCAGUUAGUUCUGUGAGGCUAAAUUAUGUUGUAACAUGGCCCUCUUGGCGACUUGGCCAUAAUAUCUCCUGGCCAUAAUAUGAAUGAUUAUGUAUCCUAAUUCCUAAUAUUAGUUAGAGCAACAUGUCAAA